GCCGCGCUCCGCGCCAUGGGCGAGGCCCGCCGGGACAGCACCAGCAGCCUCCAGCGCAAGAAGCCGCCCUGGCUGAAGCUGGACAUCCCCGCCGCGGCGCCCCCGGCGGCCGAGGAGCCCAGCCUCCUGCAGCCCCCGAGGCGCCAGGCGUUCCUGCGCAGCGUGAGCAUGCCGGCCGAGCCCGCCCGCGCGCCCUCGCCGCCCCCGGAGCCGCGGCGGCCGGCGCUGCAGCGCCAACUGUCCAUCACGCAGACCAUCCGCAGGGGUGCGGCUGACUGGUUCGGGGUGAGCAAGGAUGGCGACAGCACCCAGAAGUGGCAGCGCAAGAGCAUGCGCCACUGCAGCCAGCGCUACGGGAAACUGAAGCCCCAGGCCCUGCGGGAGCUGGACCUGCCCAGCCAGGACAACGUGUCGCUGGCCAGCACCGAGACGCCCCCCCCGCUGUACGUGGGGCCGUGCCAGCUGGGCAUGCAGAAGAUCAUAGACCCCCUGGCCCGGGGCCGGGCCUUCCGCGUGGCGGAUGACACUGCCGACGGCCUGAGCGCCCCGCACACGCCUAUCACGCCAGGGGCUGCCUCGCUCUGCUCCUUCUCCAGCUCCCGCUCUGGCUUCAACCGGCUCCCACGGAGACGCAAGCGGGAGUCGGUGGCCAAGAUGAGCUUCCGCGCAGCCGCGGCCCUGGUGAAGGGCCGCUCGGGUAGGGAUGGCACGCUGCGCCGGGUGCAGCGCCGCAGCUUCACUCCGGCCAGCUUCCUGGAGGAAGACACAGCCGACUUCCCGGAAGAGCUGGACACCUCCUUCUUUGCCCGGGAAGGUGUCCUCCCUGAGGAGCUGUCCACUUACCCAGAUGAGGUGUUUGAGUCCCCCUCGGAGGCGGCACUCAAGGACUGGGAGAAAGCCCGAGAGCAGGCUGACCUCACUGGCGGUGCCCUGGACCGUGGCGAGCUGGAGCGCAGGCACCUGAUGCUGCCCCUGGAGCGCGGCUGGAGGAAGCACAAGGAGGGCGGUGCGACAGGCUCACAGCCUAAGGUGCGGCUGCGGCAGGAGGUGGUGAGCGCAGCCGGCCAGCGGCGGGGCCAGCGUAUUGCGAUGCCCGUGCGCAAGUUCUUCGCCAGGGAGAAGCGGCCUUACGGCCUGGGCAUGGUGGGCCGGCUGACCAACCGCACCUACCGCAAGCGCAUUGACAGUUACGUCAAACGGCAGAUCGAGGACAUGGACGACCACAGGCCCUUCUUCACCUACUGGCUCACCUUCGUCCACUCGCUUGUCACCAUCCUGGCCGUGUGCAUCUACGGCAUCGCGCCCGUGGGCUUCUCCCAGCACGAGACGGUGGACUCGGUGCUGCGCAACCGCGGGGUCUAUGAGAAUGUCAAGUACGUUCAGCAGGAGAACUUCUGGAUCGGGCCCAGCUCGGAGGCCCUCAUUCACCUGGGCGCCAAGUUCUCGCCCUGCAUGCGCCAGGACCCACAGGUGCACAGCUUCAUCCGCGCCGCGCGCGAGCGGGAAAAGCACUCGGCCUGCUGCGUGCGCAAUGACAGGUCGGGCUGUGUGCAGACCUCGGAGGAGGAGUGCUCGUCCACGCUAGCAGUGUGGGUGAGGUGGCCCUUCCAUCCCAGUGCCCCCGACCUCGCUGGCCACAAGAGGCAAUUCGGCUCUGUUUGCCACCAGGACCCCAGGGUGUGUGAUGAGCCCUCCUCCGAGGACCCCCACGAAUGGCCAGAUGACAUCACCAAGUGGCCGAUCUGCACCAAAAGCAGUGCCGGGAAUCGCACCAACCACCCCCACAUGGAUUGCGCCAUCACGGGCCGGCCCUGCUGCAUCGGCACCAAGGGCAGGUGUGAGAUCACCUCCCGGGAGUACUGUGACUUCAUGAGGGGCUACUUCCAUGAGGAGGCCACGCUCUGCUCUCAGGUGCACUGCAUGGAUGACGUGUGUGGGCUGCUGCCCUUCCUCAACCCUGAAGUGCCUGACCAGUUCUACCGCCUGUGGCUGUCCCUCUUCUUGCACGCCGGGAUCCUGCACUGCUUGGUAUCCAUCUGCUUCCAGAUGACUGUCCUGCGGGAUCUGGAGAAGCUGGCCGGCUGGCACCGCAUCGCCAUUAUCUAUCUGCUAAGCGGCGUCACUGGCAACCUGGCCAGUGCCAUUUUUCUGCCUUACCGGGCAGAGGUGGGCCCCGCGGGCUCCCAGUUUGGCAUCCUGGCCUGCCUCUUUGUGGAGCUGUUCCAGAGCUGGCAGAUCCUGGCCCGGCCCUGGCGGGCCUUCUUCAAGCUGCUGGCCGUGGUCCUCUUCCUCUUCACCUUUGGGCUGCUGCCCUGGAUCGAUAACUUUGCCCACAUCUCAGGCUUCAUCAGUGGCCUCUUCCUCUCCUUCGCCUUCCUGCCCUACGUCAGCUUUGGCAAGUUUGACCUGUACCGCAAGCGCUGCCAGAUCAUUGUCUUCCAGGCAGUCUUCCUGGGCCUCCUGGCCGGCCUGGUGGUCCUCUUUUAUGUCUACCCCGUCCGCUGCGAGUGGUGCGAGUUCCUUACCUGCAUCCCCUUUACUGACAAGUUCUGUGAGAAAUAUGAGCUGGACGCGCAGCUGCACUGAGCGCGGGCACUGGUGCCUGCAGCCCCCUGCCUGGGCUGAGCCCCGCGCUGUGCCCUGGCCCAUGCUGCACUGUCCUGGCCACCCUCCGCCCGGCCACAACAACCCCUUGUGUGGCCAAUAAACAGACUGGGAGCGUUUUAGCUGCCACGCCACACAUGGCUCCUGCCUCCUGGUUUCUGGCUGACAGUGGAGAGGAGCCGCCCUGACGACCCUGAGCUGGGUCCAGCGGGUCUCCCCAGGGAUGAGGACCAGGUGCUCAGAUGGGA